UCUCUGGCGAUCGAGACGCAGUAUGCGUCCACGUCGAUCUCAGUCGUGAUCGUGCUACAUGGAUCUUUCCUCCGAAUCACGUGAUAGCCUCAGUCGGUAAACAAGGAACCGCGUCCUCGCAGCAGGAGGGACAGAUCGAGAGUGCGCAGGAGCUGGCCGCGGAGUGGGGACGACCCCCGAUCGAUUGGCUGUGUGGCGGCAAGGAGAGGAGCGCGGGACGGCUGGAUUGCGCACGCGCGCGGUAUUUCCCGGGAAUCGGGUCUUUCCGGGUCUCCGACACGGUUUUCCUUCGUUCGGCUCACUCGAGCGUCCGACGCGCGACACGGCAACAGGUGACCACCGGAAGCCGAGCGAAGGUCCUCGAAAGCAACGAGAGAACACAGGCCGAGUGUCGCGGGACCAGAUCCACGCGUUUGCAACGCGCGUCGAGCAUCGACGGAAGAUUGAUCUUCGCGAGAGCGUUCGUGGAACGACGUUCGGCCGAACCGGGGAGUCGAAGAUCGCGAGAGAAACGGACCGAUCGGCGAGGGAAAAUGAGCGUCGAGGACGCCAUCAACUAUAAGCCCAGCGAAGAGGAGGAUUACUACGCACUCCUGUCCUGUGACGAGUCCUCGUCGGUGGAACAGAUCACGGCCGAGUACAAGUUGCUGGCUCUUCAAUACCACCCGGACAAGAACGAAGGCGACAAGGAGGCCGAGCGGAAGUUUCAGCAACUGAAGCACGCGAAAGAGGUACUCUGCGACCCUGAGAGAAGAAGCAACUACGACAAGUGGAGGCGUAGCGGGAUCGCUGUGAGCUACAAGCAAUGGGUCGGAAUGAAGGACCACGUGCACCAGUCGAUGCACUGGAGCAUACCCAAGACGAAGGAUCGGAUGCUGCCUGACGCCUCGGGCGAGGCCACAGGUUCUCCAGGUCACACCGGUAAGGUGCAAGCGGCGAACGCGCACAGAAGAGCUUCAGAAGGCGGCGCUAACAUCUACUACGCGACCCGUCGCGACCUGGACUGGGACUCGGAGGCACCGAACGAGGUGGUCAGCAAGUUCCGCACCUAUGAGAUCUAAAAUGGCCGCGUCCCGCACGAUCGGACCGUCGCCUGGACCGGAUCGCUCGCUGUGUGUCCUUUUUCGAAUUAUGUCGAACAGAGUAAACGGAUGAAACACCAUAAAGGAACGCAUCGAACCACGACAAACCGGCUCAUCGCGAAUUUAUCGCUCGUCAUUGUCCAACCGAGGGAACAUGGACCAAUAUCCUGAGUUUGGAUGCAGUUUUGGACGGAGGUCUCUUUAUCUCCUUGGUCUCUCAGGAGUUCCGCAGAGUUUCAUCCUGAACGCUCUUUUCUCUGACUGUACUAUCAUUUUAAAGAUCCCGUCGAAUUUGACCUGAUAGAUGAUUGCACGUGUGUAAAUACCAAGUGUUUAAAGAGAGGUAGCCGAUACCAGGUCUGUGAAAGUCGAGGAAAAGUCAGUAAACUAAUGUUCCUCGUGAGCAACCAGUUAGAGAGGUAGCUUGGAAUGAAGUUCCAAACGAAAGCUAGUCAUGGAAGUGAAUAUAAGAAUUAUUUUAAAGCAGAGAGAACAAGUCAGAUGCAAUGUUCUGCAGUCCUCGCGAACGAUGAAGAUAAUCCAUAGCCACGGAGCUAAUCUUCUCUAAGAUCCCAUCAGGCACUUGGUAGGAAUAACUCGGAACCUUGGAUUGCAGAUGAUUUCCGUCGACUUCUCGUUACUUUUCAUUAGUCUUCCGAUGCUAAUAAGCGAUCUUGCCUUUGGAUCUCGACUGGAUGCUCGAAGGAACGAAUUAAAGCGUCAGAGACAGGGUGUGCCCACCGAUUUACUCGUCGCUGCAGAUUCUGGGAUCCUUUUAUCGGAGGAGGAGAGUACAGGACUGGUUUAAAAUUCGAGACUAGAGUCGAGGACACUUUCUGACCUUCCUCGAGACCCAGAGGUCGAGACUCGCCCUCUUACUUCCAAUUUUUCGCUGAUGAAUAACGUGCAGCGGAGCGAUAAGUUCGAGGAUUUCUAAGAAGGAUUUCCAAGAGAGAAAAGGGGGAAUUGAAGAGAGAAAAAUCGGAGGAUCGGUUGGACGGUGCUUUUUGAUGUCGGGAGGGAAGCUAACUCCAAGAUUCCACGAAGGG